AUGCUAUCUAAAAUUAGAAGUCUCGAAGCGUCCUGCAGAGACCUGGACCCUGGCUUUGAACAGAGACAGAAAUGGGUGCACCAGGUAGUGGAUCAUACUGAACAGUUUAUCACAGGAUUGGAGGAUGACCAAUCACAGGCAUAUCGUACAAAUAACAAAGAAGGAAAGGGUAUAUUGGAGAGCCCGAUCAACGACAACCCCACUCCCAUGGAGGAUCUACUACAGCUAUUUGAGGAGAACGUUGAACGAUGUGGGCUGGUAGAAUCGCAUGGUGGACAUAUGGCAUACAUAAAUAGUGGCGGCGUGUUUCCCUCGGCGCUGGGCGACUACCUUGCUGAUGUCGUUAACCCGUACUCUGCGGUCUUUCACGAUAGUCCCGGCAGUGUGCGUCUAGAGAAUAUGGUCAUCAACUGGAUUGGACGAACAUUUGGCUUCCCAGAAGGCUUCGCGGGUAAUCUUACUUCCGGUGGUUCCGCGUCAACGAUUCUUGCCUUGGCAACUGCAAGAGACAGUAAAAACGUGAAAGCCGCUGAUUUCAGCAGGUGCGUGGUUUACAUGACUCAGAUAUCUCACUACUGUGUGGAGAAAGCCUUAAACACAAUCGGAAUGCGAGAAGCAGUACGUCGCACUAUACCAACCGAUAAAAGUACAUACAAAAUGAAUGCAGAAGAACUCAAAAUAAUGAUAGAAAAAGAUAAAAACAAUGGACUUAUACCUUUUCUGGUGUAUGCCACUGCUGGUACCACGGAUCUGGGCUCCAUCGAUCCAUUGAAUGAAAUUGCGUCCAUAGCAAGACAACACAGCUUAUGGAUGCAUGUCGAUGCUUGUUACGGUGGAUUUUUUAUUAUGUCCAACGAGGCUAAACCAAGGUUUCGAGGUAUUGAAAGAUGCGAUUCACUGGCAGUUGAUCCGCAUAAAAGUCUAUUCAUUCCGUAUGGAUGUGGUUGCGUCAUUGUAAGGCAGGGUAGCAAGUUGAAGUACAGCAACGCUUUGAACCGUCCAGCGUUCUACCUCGAAGAUUCCUUCAAAGAUGAACGUGAGGAUGAACCAUCGCCAUGUCAUCUAUCAUUCGAACUCAGUCGUCAUUUCAGAGGAGUGCGAGUGUGGAUGCCAUUGAAGCUAUUUGGACUCGCACCAUUCAGAGAUGCAUUGACGGAAAAGAUAUUGUUAGCACGUUACUUCCAUGAACAACUAGCAGAACGAGGCGACUUCCAGUUAGGACCAUAUCCCGAAUUAUCAGUAGUUGUAUUCCGUUAUGCCAAAGCUCCGAACGACACCGAGAAAUUCAAUAAACAAUUACUGGACAGUCUGAUGCGGGACGGCAGAGUGGCGCUUGCUUCCACGCGACUACGCGGUGUUUACUAUCUUC